CUCUCUUUCUCAGAAAAAAAGGAAAAAAAAAAAAAAAUCACACUCUUUAACCUGCUCACUCCAUUUUUGCUCUCUAUACUUCUCAGAGCCUCUUUUCUCACUGUCAUUCUCUUCUACUUCUCGCACCAUCUUCUUCUUCUUUGCCCACACCAAUGGAAAAGAAGCAGGGCUUCUUUUCUGCUCUCAAAGAAGAAGUAGUCCGUGGUCUCUCCCCUUCCCGUUCCCGCUCCAAUAGCCCCGCCCGAACCGCUUCCCCAAUAUCGGGUCUGCUCAGGAGAAAGAAGAACUGCAGCAGCAACGACAGCCAUUGUAAUCCCUAUGCCGCGCAGCAGGAUUCUUUGGUCGUGAGAUCGGGGAGCUUGAGGCCUGUGCUCGGGGAGACUUUGACGCCGUUGAUUGAAGGUCCGGAUCCUGAUGGAGGUGAAGAGGAGUCAAAGCGGGUGGGUUCAAGUCUUGGGCACUGGAUGAAAGGGCAAUUAUCGAGGACUCCGUCGGUUUCUAGCGUGGCGUACAGGAGUUCUGAUCUGAGGUUACUUCUUGGGGUUAUGGGUGCACCCUUGGCUCCGUUGCAUGUUAGCACAAUGGACCCUUUGCCUCACCUUAGCAUUAAAGACACGCCCAUUGAAACUUCCUCUGCUCAGUACAUAUUGCAGCAGUACACAGCGGCCUCUGGUGGGCAGAAGCUGCAGAACUCUAUCAGAAACGCAUAUGCAAUGGGAAAGGUUAAAAUGAUAGCUUCGGAAUUCGAAACGCCCACAAGGGUGGUGAAGAACCGGAAUGGUUCUAAGGGUGCUGAGUCAGGUGGGUUUGUGCUCUGGCAGAUGAAUCCUGACAUGUGGUAUGUUGAGCUUGCUGUUGGUGGUAGUAAGGUUCAUGCCGGUUGCAAUGGCAAACUUGUUUGGAGGCACACUCCAUGGCUUGGUGCUCAUACUGCAAAAGGGCCUGUCAGACCUUUGCGUCGUGCACUUCAGGGUCUUGAUCCAAAAAUCACAGCUAGUAUGUUUGCUGAUGCAAGGUGCAUCGGAGAGAAGAAGAUCAAUGGUGAGGAUUGUUUUAUACUAAAGUUAUGUGCUGAUCCUCAAACGCUCAAGGCUAGGAGUGAAGGCCCUGCAGAGAUCAUAAGGCAUGUCCUGUUUGGUUACUUUAGUCAAAAGACUGGUCUCCUUGUUCACAUGGAGGAUUCACAUCUGACCCGCAUCCAAUCUAAUGGUGGUGAUGCAGUUUACUGGGAAACAACAAUCAAUUCAUUUCUUGAUGAUUACAGACCUGUUGAAGGGAUCAUGAUUGCCCACUCUGGUCGCUCUGUGGUAACUCUUUACAGAUUUGGUGAGGUUGCAAUGAGCCAUACCAAGACAAAGAUGGAGGAAGCUUGGACUAUCGAAGAGGUUGCGUUCAAUGUUCCUGGCCUUUCAGUAGACUGUUUCAUCCCCCCAUCAGACUUAAGAUCAGGUUCCAUCAGUGAAGCUUGUGAGCUAACUCAGGAUGAAAGAGGCAAGAGUGCAAUGGCAUUAGCAGCACAUCGGGCAAAAGUUGCAGCACUAGAGAAACAACAUGAUAACAGGACAAUAUGAUAAGGAAGAUGGAGGUCAAAGUAAGGGUAGGAUUGAAUUAGGAAAAUUGUUUAUACCGUCAGCUAGUUUUAAUUAGCUAACCCCCUUUAGAAGUUGCAAGUAGGAGAUGAAAUCCAUUUUUUGUUACUUACAUAUAUUUAUCUGUUAAUCUGUAAAUAGAGCAUAAUCAUUCACAGGUCAAACUAGGCCUGAAUGAAUCUUUAUACUCUUAAUACAGAAUCCAACUAGGGAGUUGGAGUUUGAUUUUCCAGUUAGGGAUAGAGCAAAUGGAGGUCAAUUUUUAGUUUAUCUUCCGUGUCUGGGGGAAGGCGGUGAUGCUCUUAACAAAGCAGAACCAUUAACAUUUUUAUAGUUCUUCAAAUGCUUUUGCUUGAAUGCAUACAGCAGUGGCAGCAAGAAGGGAAGCUGCUACUGGCCAACAUGAGUUUAACGCUGAUGUCUAGUUUGUUCAUUUUCCUGUGUGUGAGUUUCGUACUCUUUUUGUGUGGUUGCUUAAGUGAUGUGAAAGCUGAUUCUGGGUUUUGAAGGAAUUGGAAAUCUCUGAAUCUGAUGAAAGAGGGGAUCACAGAUGAGAUGUUACUAGAUUCUUCGCUGCAAUUACAAAAUUAUGCAUCUCAGCUACUAUGUAUCUGUUGGGUUGGGGGGAAGCUAAUAUGUAGCUGGUUAUUUAGUAGCAUUUGAUCAGUGCUGCUGGACAAGGAAUGUAAACAGAAAAUUUGUUGAUCAACUAUUGAAUACUUAGGAUGAA